AUGCUAGCAACUAAAAGAUCAAUAUACUGUCCUGAACACUUACUGAAUGAUAAAGAACAAGAGGGAAGCGUUGGAAAGAGAAUUACGUGUCCAUUGGAUUCGUCACACACAGUCUAUGAGAAAGAUAUUAAUAAACAUUUAAAGAAAUGUAACGCAAGCAAGAGGGAAGUGCCAGAUUGUUAUGUAGCUAAUAUUAAUACUGGUAUACCCAAUUAUGUACCACUAAAGGAAGAAACUUGUAAUAUUUCUGAUUUUAGUGAAGGUACAAUGAUGGAGCUAAUGGGACGCAUUGACAAAGCCAUAAAGAAAUUAGAGGUACCAAUAUCAGAGGAUAUAAAGACUCAUAAAGUAUUGGAUGAUGAAAUUAGCAGUGACAGUAAUGGGCCAACUGCACUCAAACAUUUAUUACAACAAUCAUCGAUAAUUGGUCAUUUGGAUUCAUUAGGAUUGCUAUCCAGUGAUAGUUUAUUUAUUGAAUUUGGAGCUGGAAGAGGUAAAUUGUCUCAUUGGAUACAGUUAGCAUCAAAUAAUGAUGAAUUGAUUGAUUUUCUAUUAAUUGAUAGAUCAAAUCCUAAAAGAAAG